GCAAUUGCUGCUGGACAGCUGGAAAUUGAAGGAGACAUCUCCACAAGAUGAGAAUGUCAGAGUUGCAGUGUUUGGAAGGCUUUGUGUGCGAUGCAUUUUGCAUUUAUUGGGCAAAGAGAAAUUGGGAAGGGAGCCUGAUGGCUUCAAAGGUGGGUUGGAAGAAAUUGGCAAUAAGUUUGCUCAAGAAUUGACCAACCCAAGAAAGAAGCUUGAUGGUGUGAAGGGUUCAAAGAAUGAUGAGCUCAAAAUCGAGAACUUGGUCGAUGCAAAGCCUGCAGAUGUGGCCUUGGUCCAGAAUGACCACUUGAAGAUUGGUAUGAUGUACAUUCAUCAGAAGGAGCAUGGCCAGAAACAGUUCCAAUUGGUGAAAACAGAAGAUGAUGGCUUCACCUUUGAGCACAAGCCAUUUUUUGGGGAAACAGAAUCAGUCAAGGUUUCUCUGGAGAAAUUGAAAGCAUGGAAAUUGCACAAAGGGCAAGAGGCUGAGAAGUGUGAAGGAAAUGAAAUGGAAGAGUUGAUGGUACACAACUCUGCAAUGUUGAAGGAUGAAAUUGCCAAGGCCAAGGUGCAAACUGUUUUGCUGGAAGCCUGCCAGGCACAUGCCCCUGCCAAAGGCUCAUUGAUGUUCACUCAUGGUCCCACUGCAGUGUGGGCUUGCAAAGCCAUAAAGAAAGGUGAGUUGAAAUUGUUUCCCAGUGGCACUGUCAGCAAGAUCAAAGAUGGAAAAACAAAAGGGAAGUUGAUUGCAACCUAUGCUGGCCAGCCAUAUUCCAUUAGCAGCUUCAAGGCUGUUUCCAGUUUUGAUGAAAAGAAAGGUGUACUGGAUGCUUACCAUUGGGUGAAAAGCACUGCAGAAGGCGAUGAAGCCACAAUGGUUGCUGGCUUGCAAACAAUUGAAAAAGUACA